GACUCAUCUCGUCCGAAACAUUGACGUCAUGGUCCUAGUCUAGCAACCCGGAUGUGACUGCUGCAGCCGACAAUGUUUUGGUGCUUCAAAUUGCUUUAUUAAAAGGCCGCUCGAUUAGAUUGAAGAAGCGUAAAGUCGCGAAGUAAAGGCACGAUUGAAGAGCGGCUGUUUUAUUUUUGCCGGCGCGGGUGGCGCGGCACAGCCGGGCGUCAAAAUGAGCGGGGCGGCGCUUGGCGUGGAGAUGGUGGUGGUCUUUUUCCUGGCCCUUUUCCUACUGCAUCGCUACGGAGACUUCGGCAAGCAGCAGCGCAUGGUUCUUUUCGGGACGCUGCUGGCCUGGUACCUCUGCUUCCUCAUUGUCUUCACCCUGCCGCUGGACGUCACCACGACUAUCUAUAAGCAGUGCAAGAAGGACCACGGCGCGGGCUCGCUCCCUUCCAACGGGACGCCAGGGAAUGAUUCAGCUGCGCCCUCAGCGAGGUGUUUGCCCUGGACGGCUCGGCUGCGAAGGCACAGGCGCCUAACAACACUUUCUCCCCGCAGCGCACGGAAUCCCUGUCAAGAGCCGUGGAGCAACAUCCCGGACGGCGUCAUGCCCGUGUACUGGCGGGUGGUCUACUGGACAUCGCAGUGCCUCACCUGGUUGCUGCUGCCGUUCAUGCAGUCGUACGCUCGCUCUGGCGCUUUCUCCAUCACCGGGAAGGUCCAGACGGCCCUCAUCGAGAACGCCAUCUACUACGGGACCUACCUGCUCAUCUUCGGCUCGCUGCUCAUCUACGUGGCCGUCCACCCUGAGUGGCGCCUGUCCUGGUCCGAGCUGCAGACAGUAGGCAUCACGGCGGCCAACACUUGGGGUUUGUUCCUGCUGGUCCUGCUACUGGGCUAUGGUUUGGUGGAAAUCCCACGCUCUUACUGGAAUGCCUCCAGGCACGGACACAUGCUCCUCAAGACCUACUUCAAGGCCUCCAAGCUUAUGACGGAAAAAGCGGACGCUGAGGAGAACCUGGAGGACGUCAUGGAGGAAGUGAGGAAGGUGAGCGAGGCCAUCAAGUACAACCACCCGCUACGCAAGUGCAUCGACACCAUCCUGAGAAAAUGCCCUACGGACUACCAGGACAAGAUGGGCCGCAACAUGGACGAUUACGAGGACUUUGAGGACCGGCAGACCUUCCCCGGCGAGAAGAGUCUGGUCAAGCUUCACAAACAGGUGAUCUACGCCGUUCAGCGCCACAAUCGCACGCGCGUGCAGUGGCACAUGCUCCUGCAGGAAGCCUUCCACCUGGAGGACGUGGCCAAGAACGAGAGCAGCUCCGCGCGACGCUUCGUGCGCAGCUUUCCCCCCCCGCGACCUCCGGGAUGGAUCUGCCGAACGCUCUACACGCCCGCCGUGGAGUGGUACUGGGAGUGUGCGCUGAAGCGCGUGUUCUACCGCGUGCUGGCCGUGGCGCUGGCCCUGCUGAGCGUCGCUGUGGUCUGGUCCGAGUGCACCUUCUUCAGCACCAAACCCGUCCUCUCGCUCUUCGCCGUCUUCGUCCGGCUGGCCGAGCGCAGCUACAGCUACGUCUAUAUACAGGUGGCGUGCUUCGUCACCAUCUUUUUCCUGUGCACGUGCGUGUACUCCACCGUCUUUCGCAUCCGCGUCUUCAACUUCUACUACCUGGCGCCGCACCACCAAACGGACGCAUACAGCCUGCAGUUCAGCGGCAUGCUCUUCUGCCGCCUGACGCCGCCGCUGUGCCUCAACUUCCUGGGGCUCAUCCACAUGGACGCCACCAUCUCGCACAACGACAAAGAGCAGACGGCCUACACCUCGAUCAUGGGCUCCAUGCGAGUGCUGCCCAUUGUGGCCAACGGCUUCUACAUCUACUACCCCAUGCUCAUCCUCAUCUUAUGCAUCGCCACGUACUUCAGCCUGGGGACCCGCCUGCUCAACCUGCUGGGAUUCCAGCAGUUCAUGGGCGACAGCGAGCUGACGUCGGACCUAGUGGACGAGGGGAAGGAGCUGAUUCGCCGAGAGAAGCGAAAGCGGCAGAGGACUGAAGACGGCGAGAACCGUCGACGCGAGUGGAAGGAACGCUACGGGAACGCCAGAGAGGAACGCUUCGGGAACGCCAGGGAGGCGCGCGACGACCACGAAAUGAAGGAGACGGCCUACUCGGGUGACAAGAGAGCGCCAGCCAAGUAUUGCCGUUCGGCCGAUGGAGGGCGCGACCGCGUGGAGCUCCUCCAGGACCAAGAACCUAUGGACUUUAACGCCGACGACGCGCCGGAGCAGGAGGGCGGAAGGUUGGGGCCGGGCGGCCGCUACUUGUCCAUGUCGUCAUCUCGCAGUCGCAUUUUUGACGACGUCUAACUGAGAAGACUGCGCGCCGCCGCCGCGGACGACGACUCCGGCGCCCGAUUUUUCCUCCCUGCCCUUCCUUCUAUGUAGUUACCGCCCCCAAACCUGCAGAGGGCGCCACACGUGCCACACACAAACAUCCUCUUGUUGUACUUUGUGUUAUUUAUAUGAAUUCUCUGCGAAUGUGCUAGUUUGUCCUUUGCGCUGUCAAUAAAGUUGCCGACGGACAGAUGAAUGAUCGACAGCCGUCAUCGAUCUGUGGCUAAUUUUGCCGGCCGGUGGCGCGUUCAAGGCCAGUGCAGAUGCACGUGCACCUGGACUUCAACCCGUGUGCAAAUAUUGACGAAUCCCGCAAUUUGCGCUGAUUUGGGCUGCCCUUGCUGUUAGCUUUUUUUUCCUUUUAACUCAUUCACUGCAAUUGCUGGCGUUAGACGUACAAUGUUUUUGCAGUAGGCGGACUUUAAAUUAAUAGAUCCCAUAAUACCAAUUUCUGUUCAAAUUCUUGCUCUUGAUACAUUCAAAAGCAAAGAUGAGCACAGAAACCCACUGAGUGUUGCCGCUACCUACCAAUAAUGAGAAAAUAUUCACUCAUUAACAUACGUUUUUAAAUGAUUUAACUUUUAAAUUACCCUACCAACAUGGCCGCCAAAAUAUUUUCUUGAUACUCCUUCAUAGGGCUGCAACUAACGAUUAUUUUCAUAAUCGGAUAAAUGU